ACGGGGCCAUGGAGCACAUGUGGUGGAAGUGGUUGCUUGCUUUGCAAGGCUCAGCACUGAUGACAGGAAACAAGAUGUGGGAGCAUCUCAUCCGCCUGUCCAUCUCCGCCGCUUUCCGUCCACUUGGCAGUCAACCAUCUUUGAUUUUACACAAUUUAGAAAGAUAUAUUGUUCAUAAAUCAAUUACAGUAAAUGUUUCUAUUCUCUGGUAGUAAUUGUUUUAAACUGUGGUUAAACCUUCCGUAUCCCCUGAGCCUUUUACUGGUCACUUUGUGUUUUAUUGAGUGUACUGGAUUGGAGUUUCCAUGGAAACAGCCACGUUACGAAUGUCACAGCCUCUGCUCCAGCUGAGGUCAUUGAGUUACAAAACAAUUGGAUCACAAAACAACACGGUUCGGGGAGAUUUCCCUUUGUAUUUUUUUUUAAUGUUAAAAUCCACCAGGUCAUUGAAAAAGUCUAAUCUGAAAAAACACAUAAUUAAGGUCCAUAGGAGUUAUGGCUUGAUACUCUUGUGAGAAUUUAAUAUUGCGGCUACAGUUAUUUCUUUUUCUUUCUUUUGGGUACGAUCAUCUUGUACAAUGUCUUGUUUGAACACGAUUUUUUCAAUAGAGUAGUUUAAAAAAAAGUUAAAGAUUUACUUUAUCCCUCUGGUGAUUGUGUCUGUCUCUUUAAACGCCGUACCUUUAAAUUGUUCGUUAUUGUACACAACUACAUAUCCCAUAAUCCUCUAUACGAUCCUCAAUGGGUGUUCUUAAUAAUCAGGUCAACCAAUGCCAUGCCCUCGUUGGCGAGCGCGUACUUCGAAUUGCAACCAUUUUAUCCAAUUGCGUCGCGGUGUUCUGAUGUUUAUAAAACUCCGGCCAAUAAGAGCGGCCUUGGGUGACUCCAGCCAAUGCUGGCGGACUUCAGCACAACCAAUCAGAUCAAAUGUAGUGUUUAAACAGUCGACGCGGGCGGUGCUGAGAGAGCUUCGGGGCGUGCCGAGCAAGUCGGGACUUAUGGUUGGAUUUGAAUUCGGCCAGCAAUUUCAAACAUUAGUAGUUUGUGUUGCUCCAACUUGGAAAAGCGAGGGAGUCAUUUGAAGACAAGCUUCCCUAUAAAGAUAGUUUUAAAUUUGCACGUGUUUCGUUGUAUCUAACACUUGAGUUUAAAUCGCUGCUACAUAGGUCGCCGGUGGGAAGAUUCAAAAUACUGUACAUUGAGUACAAUUGCAAUGAAAGCCGGUGUCCACUGCCAUUGCCCAAAAUGCUACUCCGUCCCGGUUCGAAAGAGGGUCCGCCUGCGCACGCCAACCAUCACUUUGUUGAGUCUACCCAAGGAGGUCCUUCUCUGUGUGUUCCAGUGCCUCCCUGCUGAAGACCUGCCGUCUGUCAGGGCUGUUCACUCUCAGCUUUGUGACAUUGUUGACAACCACGCCAGUGUUUGGGCUCAAACCAGCUUCAGAGACUCUUGGCCAUCCCCUAAAAAUUUGUGGUUAUUUGAAAGAGCUGCUGAAAAAGGGAAUUUUGAAGCUGCCAUCAAGUUAGGGAUCGCUUACUUGUACAACGAAGGACCGCUGCUGAGCGACGAGGGUCGCGCCGACGUGUGCGGGCGUAAAGCGUCGCACUUCUUCAGCCUGGCCGAGAGCCUGCGUUCCCCUGCCGCCGACCCGUUCAGCUGGCUGUUUAUCAGGCCGCCGUGGUCGCCCACCGGCAGCUGCUGCAAGGCGGUCGUCUUUGAGCACCUCAAGGCUGAGUGUGACAACAAGGAAAAGAAGGGUCACUUGUUGCACUGCUUGGCGAGAAUCUUGCAGCUAUUUGAGGAGGAUGACAAACAUGCUGAAGCCAUAUCCAUGUUGGAAGAGUCUUCACGUUCAGGUUGUUUGCAGAGCUCCUUUCUUGUGUGGGAGCACAACCGCAAAGAUGCUAUGUCAGAUCCCGGCAGGUACCUCCAGUGCAUUCGAACCCUCCGGGAUUGCGCUGCAAAAGGAUGCUGGGAGGCGCAGCUCUCCUUGGCCAAAGUGUGCAGCAGUGGCAAUCCACUGGGCUUGGAGGCUAAAGCCUGCGCGGACUUGGUGUCUCAACUUUUUAACACCUCCCAGAAGGCCGAACAGCAGAGCAGUGACGCUAUCUUAAGACGGGGCAUUAAGGACACCAUGAGGUAUAUUCUGGUGGACUGGCUGGUGGAGGUGACCACCAUGAAGGACUUUUCCAGCCUGAUGCUGCACGUGACCGUCGGCUGCGUGGACCGCUAUUUGGCGCUGCGCUCCGUCCCCAGGGUUCGCCUUCAGCUGCUGGGGAUUGCCUGCAUGGUGGUUUGUACACGCUAUAUCAGUAAGGAUAUUCUUACCAUAAGAGAAGCGGUGUGGCUCACGGACAACACCUACAAGUAUGAGGACCUGGUCCGAAUGAUGGGAGAGGUCGUCUCUGUGCUGGAGGGGAAAAUUAGGAGCCCUACACUGCUGGACUACGGCGAGGUGCUACUGUCCCUCCUCCCCACAGGGAGACGGACCGCUCACCUCUUCAGCUACAUCUGCGAGCUGUCCUUGCUCCACACGGCCCUGACGGCGAGGUCCGCCAAGAUGGCCUGCGCCGUGCUGCUGCUCACAAGAGCGCUGCAUCACUACGCUCCCGUGUGGCCCAGUCAGUUGGUGGAUUACACCGGCUUCUCCAAGCAAGACCUCACUCAGCUCGCCGUGCUGCUUUAUGUCAAGUGCUUCAAUCAAGAUGCUCCGACAGACUACAGACACGUGUCUCUGACUGGUGUGAAGCAGCGCUUCGAAGAUGACCUCUACCAGCACAUCAGCAGGGAGAAGGUGAUGGAUUACAAGGAGCUGUGUCAUAUCCUUGAGAUUCCUGAAGUGGAACCUCAGUUGGAGCCUCCCAGUCCCACUGGCCCAACAGCAGAAAUCCACGUCUUCCUUGCCUCACCUACCAGUACCAGUAAAAAGAGCCGCGACGCUGGCACGCAGACCGACCGAGGCAGCCGAGUGACCACGCCCACCGCAGAGCUGUCCAAUCAGGAGCAGAGUUUGCUGGGCGACAUCCUGGACUGGAGUCUGGACACGACCUCCUCUGGCUACGAGGGUGACCACGAGGAGAGCGAGUGGGAGAAAGAUGGAGAUUUUUCCAUGAUACCCAUCGAUAUGGACGCCAUCCCAGACACCAGUCAAGAGAAUUGCAGAGCGCUGUCCAGCGACGAAGAGGACGAAAGCGACCAGGCCCGCCUUCCCAAAGAACCACGUAGCCUUUUCUUUUCCAAGGACCUUCAGAGUUCGGGCUACUCGUCGGUGCCGAGUGCCAGCUCGACGUCUUUGUCGCGCUCCCCCUCUUCCUCUUCUCUUGUCCCGUGCUCGUUCAAAACUUUUGCCGCUUACCCCAACCAGGCCGCCUCGGCUCAUUCCCAGCCGGGCUUUCGCCUUUUGGUCCCCAUGCAAAGGCCCCGGGGCCACUCCAGCAAACAAGUGAAGCGGAAGAACUCUGCGGCGCACAGUGGAGGUGAGGUGGAGAGGGAAGAUGAAAAAGAGGAAGAGGCGGAAGAUGAGCAGUAUUCAGCCAAUGUGGGCUUCCGGAUUCUGUAGACAGCGACUGUUUCAGGAUGCACGUAAAUGCAUUUUAGGUUUAUCGUGAAAUGUCACGAUUCGAGAAUAGUGUAUGUAAAAAUGGCUUUUAAUAGAACGGAAGAAACUAUCCCAAUUUGGACCAAAGGCAUUAAGAACAGAUCUUAUUCUGGGUGAGAAAUGCAGAGUGAGGAACUCUCAUUAUUAUGAUAGAUAUAUUAUUGGAUACGUUGGUAAAAAGGAAAAACCCAUAAAAAGAAGCUCAUUGCACAUUAAUAUAAAAUUAAUAGAUUUAAUAUUAAAUCUAAUAUUAGAAUGUAAAAAAAACACUCACCACAAAAUAUUUUGUGCAACGGUCGCAACUUGAUGUAGAUGGAAUGAAGUCAUAAUUGCAGUAAAUAUCUAAGUAAAAAAGAAAAAACCUUCAUCGGCCGUAAAUAUAAAAUGAAUAAGUAUUGCGGCAAGUGAGUGGGCCGCCUUCUCUGAACCAUUGAGAGCUUAAUCUUAGGUUGUUGUUUUUUCCCCCCAUCACUAACGACGCUAAAUGUAAAAUCUUGGCAGCACUGAUGAUCACGCAGUACGUUUCAUUUUUGUUUACAGGAAGAAAAAACAUUUUAAACCUCUAGUUGUCUUUUAUGAAACUACCGACGUACCUCAGGACCUGUUUCUGUAUUUUUUUUAUUCCACAAUAACCACAGUGGAUAGUUGUAAACUGUGAGGAGACCCUAACUUUGGUUAUUUUGGGUUUUGUCGGUUUUUCAAAUGCACUGUCCUUACAAGAGCAUCUUGUAUUUGCCAAGCCGCUGAACAAGCUGUGAGCCAAAGGUACUGUUGUUAUUUUAGUUUAAAAAAAAAAUGUGAAUCUCAACAUGUGCUCUUCAGUCAUCAGUGCAGCACACUAAAAAGACACUGCCGAGGGCUCCACAUUCAAAGUGUUAUUUAUUUUUUUAUUUUUGCCCCAAGCAGCCUCUCGUGAUAAUUAAGUCUGGCAUUUAGUUUUUUAUUUUAUGUUUAUUUUUAUAACAUUCCAGACUGAAUGCAAGUGGAUUAUCAUUUGAUACUCCGGUUUAACAUAAUUUCACAUGGCUGCGUUGUCGUGGAAAAUAGAUCGGACAGGUUCAGAAAUUCAUUUUUUUGAUAUGGUAGUUGACUGAACAUUCAUAUUAUUAUGAUAUCAAUAUGAAUAACAUCAGUUGUUGGACUGGUUCUCACCUGUGUCUUCUGAAAUGUACUGUACUUUUGUGCACAGUAUGUGAAGAACAAAUGUGCUACUACUACUUGAAAAUGUGCUUGAAACAAAUCUGUUCGUUCACACGUUAGGUAGUAUUUUUCUACCAUACAGUACACACUUGUGAUGUUUUUGAAUGUGGGUUUUUUUUUUCAAAUAAAUCAUGGAUUGUGAAACUU